AUGGCUGAAUGGUUAAAGCGCCCAACUCAUAAUUGGAGAAUACUUAAUAAUACGGCGAAACAUUUAUACAAAACACCUAUCCCGAGCACACGCAAGGGGACCGUAGACAGGCAAGUGAAAUCCAAUCCACGAAAUAAUUUGAUCCAUGGACGGCACCAUUGUGGUAAAGGUCGUAAUUCCAGAGUAAUCAUUACCGCAAGGCAUAGAGGGGGAGGUCAUAAGCGCCUAUACCGUAAAAUAGAUUUUCGACGGAAUCAAAAAGACAUAUCUGGUAGAAUAGUCACCAUAGAAUACGACCCUAAUCGAAAUGCAUACAUUUGUCUCAUACACUAUGGGGAUGGUGAGAAGAGAUAUAUUUUACAUCCCAGAGGGGCUAUAAUUGGAGAUACUAUUGUUUCUGGUACAAAAGUUCCUAUAUCAAUGGGAAAUGCCCUACCUUUGACCGAUAUGCCCUUAGGCACGGCCAUGCAUAACAUAGAAAUCACACGUGGAAGGGGUGGGCAAUUAGCUAGAGCAGCAGGUGCUGUAGCGAAAAUCAUUGCAAAAGAGGGUAAAUCGGCCACUUUAAGAUUACCAUCUGGGGAGGUCCGUUUAGUAUCCCAAAACUGCUUAGCAACAGUCGGACAAGUGGGUAAUGUUGGGGUGAACCAAAAAAGUUUGGGCAGAGCCGGAUCUAAGUGUUGGCUAGGUAAACGCCCCGUAGUAAGAGGGGUAGUUAUGAACCCUGUGGACCACCCCCAUGGGGGCGGUGAAGGGAAAGCUCCCAUUGGUAGAAAAAACCCCACAACCCAUUGGGGUUAUCCUGCGCUUGGAAGAAGAACUAGGAAAAGGAAAAAAUAUAGCGAUAGUUUUAUUCUUCGUUGCCGUAAGUAAAUACGUAACUAGGAAUAUGGAAAAUUGCAUUUU